AUGCACCAACUGCAGCUGCUUCGACGUGCCUCCGACAUCUUCCAAGGCAAGGAUGGAUUCAUCACUUUGCGUGACCUUUUCCGUUGGGGAGAGCGCUAUCGUCUGGCCACCUGUAACCGGGAUGAGAACCAACUUUUUGACUGGGACAGAUACUUAGCAGAACAAGGAUACAUCCUACUCGCUGGACGAGCCAGACACCCAGAUGAAGUCAGGGCCGUGGCUGAUAUUAUUCAAAAAGUUUUUAAAAGGCAGAUUGCGGAGGAUAAUCUCUUCAACAUUAAUGAAGACACCUCUCCCGUCGCGGCUGAGUUCCUCUCGGUGGUGGAUCAUCAGCUUGGUGCGGAGUUCGAUCACGUUGUUUGGACAAGGAGCAUGCGAAGGCUAUUAGUUCUUGUAGGCAACGCAGUGAAGUUCAACGAACCUGUUCUGUUGGUCGGUGAAACAGGGUAA